GGUACCUCAGCGAGUACAUGGCGCCGUCGGCGUACGAGGGGGACGGCGAAGCUGCGCUCAAGGUGCCGUCACCAGACGCCAUCUACCCCAGUGGUCGGGGGGACUACGGGACAGGGGACUCGGAGCCGCCCGACAGCCCCCACUCGGGUAUGGCAGGGGGUUACAUCAACGGCGAUGCGGCGGUGAGCGAGGGUUACGCCGUGGAUGCCUUCUUCAUCACCGACGGGAGGUCGCGGCGUAAAACGGGGACGACGCCAGCGGGGAGCGGGGCGCGCGCCCUCCAACGCCACACUUGCGGGGAGUGCGGCAAAACCUACGCCACCUCCUCCAACCUCAGCCGCCACAAGCAAACCCACCGCAGUCUGGACAGCAAGAUGGCCAAGAAAUGUCCCACCUGUGGCAAAGUCUACGUCUCCAUGCCGGCUAUGGCCAUGCACCUCUUGACCCACGAUCUCAAACACAAGUGCGAGGUGUGCGGCAAAGCCUUCAGCCGCCCAUGGUUGUUGCAGGGCCACAUGCGGUCCCACACCGGGGAGAAACCUUUCGGUUGUGCCCACUGCGGCAAAGCCUUCGCCGACCGCUCCAACCUGCGCGCCCACAUGCAGACCCACUCCGCCUUCAAGCACUUCAAGUGCAAGCGCUGCAGCAAGACCUUUGCCCUCAAGUCCUAUCUCAACAAACACUAUGAGUCCGCCUGCUUCAAGGGG